AUGAUGCGUCGUAUUGGAUUUCGGGUGUGUGCCGCCCGAUUGGCCACCGUCGCACUCAGCAGCUGCCUGCGGUGCCUGAGCUCCGAUGUCAACCACGACGACGUGGUGCGUGCGGUGAAGGCACGCGGCCUCUUCGAUGAUGCCUCCAUCAAGAACGCCGUCGAGCGCCUCAUGGGCGGCCUCUCCGAUAGCUCCUACGGCAAAUACUACUCAGCGGAGGAGGUGACGGCGCACGUGCACGGCUACCUUUGCGCCAAGGCGAACAAUGAACUGGGCGAUCAGUUCCAGCACUUUCACGAGGGUGCGGACUGCGCCUUCUACAUCUGCAAGAAGGAUCAGAAGAGCCAGCUCGCCACCGUCCGCCGCCUCGCGCAGUUCGUGGGCCGCGAACGGGAGACGAAGGUGUCCAUCUCCACGCGCGGCUACACCACCGACGACGGUGACAUCUGCGUUUAUACCCUGAAGUUGCGUCCAUUCAUCAACCCGACACCAGCUGAGGGUGAGACGAGCAUUUCGCAGCUUGCCAGUACCCAAUUCCUUGAGGAGCGCUCGCCGGAGGUGCUGGAGCGGUACCAAUCUCUUCUUCUUCGCUUCCAAGGAUCCGUCGUUCCAGUAUUCGCCGUGACCGAUGGCAAUGAUGGCGAGCUCUGCUUUUCCCUGGCCAUCUCCGCUGAGCGGACCUUCUACAUGGCCUCACUGCAUGCGAUGAUUCAGGAGAUCCCUGGCGCGGUGGUGCUGCGCAGCUUCUCAGAGACGUUUUCCAAUGAAGUGCAUAUCUACACUUUCUACAUCCGUGGCGCCACCAGCGAGCAGCUGGCUGACUGUGCAUCUAUGAUAGGACUGCUGCCUAACCGACCCACCAACACCAUCAUGCGUCUGCACGAAAACAUGGUUUUCAGCGUGGAGCAGACGGUCUAUACCGAUGCAGCCAUUGUAUUUGCGUUCUACUUCACGCCAAGCCCGACCACGGACGACUACGCACACCUCCGCAGCCUUCUCGUAAAGGAACCAAAUGGGGUAAACCGUCUUAACGCCCUUCGCACAUCGCUGAGCUUGGAGAUGAUGUCGGAGCGCUAUAUUGGUACACUUAUUGGCCUUUACCCUGAAUUCAUGAUUGAGAUAUUUGAGGACUUCCGUCGUGGAACAACGCCGGAGUCACGGCAGUCUAUUCGAGACAAGAUCGCCGCUCGUUUCAGGGAAGAUCAGCGUUCAGCACACGAUCUCGAGAUAUUCAUCACCUUCCUGCGCUUCAACGAGGUGAUUUUGAAACACAACUUCUUCAAGCAAGAGAAGGUGGCCCUCUGCUUCCGCCUCGAUCCUGCUUUUCUCCAGUCGCUGGAGUACCCACGCGUGCCACACGGUGUCUUCCUGCUCGCCGGUGGUCAGUGGCGCGGUUUCCAUGUCCGCUUCACCGACAUUGCCCGCGGUGGGGUUCGCAUGAUUAUCUCAAAGGAGAACGCAUACCGCAGGAACAAGCGGACCGUGUUCCAGGAGAACUACAAUCUCGCCCACACGCAGCUCCUAAAAAAUAAGGACAUCCCUGAGGGUGGCAGCAAAGGCACUAUUCUCGUCUCAAGCCGCUGCAUGACCCGGUUUGACCAUGCACGUUGCCAACGCUUCUUCUUGCAGUACAUUGAUGGUAUGCUGGAUGUGAUCCUUCCAGGUGAGAGUGGUAUUGUUGACAACUUGAAGCAGGAGGAGAUUAUCUUCCUGGGGCCUGAUGAGAACACAGCAGGGACGUUUCCCUCAGUGGGCGCACUGCACAGCAAGCGGCGUAACUACACCGCAUGGAAAUCCUUCACGACAGGCAAAGACACGUCGAUGGGAGGCAUUCCGCAUGAUGAGUACGGCAUGACAACGCGCUCUGUGCGCACGAUGGUGCGGGGCAUCUACGGGAAACUCAACCUCAACGAGGCGGAGAUGACAAAGUUCCAGACCGGUGGUCCGGACGGUGACCUCGGCUCCAACGAGAUCCUCCAGAGCAAAGAGAAGGUGAUGGCGAUGUCUGACAUCUCCGCCUCACUGCAUGACCCGAACGGAAUCGACCGCAAGGAGUUGGCGCGGCUUGCGAAGGAGCGCCUGCAGCUGCGCCACUUUGACAAGUCAAAACUAUCCUCGCAGGGCUUCCUUGUGCUGACAGAGGACAAGAAUGUGACGCUGCCCGACGGCAACUGUGUCGCGGAUGGUGCCGUCUUUCGUGAUGAGUUCUACUUCACGAAGUACAGCGAUGCGGAUGUGUUCGUGCCGUGUGGUGGUCGUCCGCGCAGCGUGACGCUUGACAACGUUGGUCGCUUCCUCAAGGUGCCGGAUGCCACAGGCGAGGCGAUGCUCGCCGGCAAGUUCGAAAACACGAAGGAUCUGAAGUACAAAAUUAUCGUGGAAGGGGCGAACCUCUUCAUCUCACAGGGCGCCCGUCUCGCGCUGGAGCGCUGCGGCGUCGUGCUGAUCAAGGACGCGUCGGCGAAUAAGGGCGGUGUCACGUCGUCGUCGCUGGAGGUGUACGCCGGCCUCGCACUUUCGGACGAGGAGCACGCCCGCUACAUGUGCGCCGCCAGCUCCGAGACGGUGCCGGAGUUCUACAAGGAUUACGUGAAGGACAUCAUCACCCGCAUUGAAAACAACGCGCAGCGCGAGUUCGAGGCGAUCUGGCGUGAUCACGAGCUGCACCCCGGCAUGGCGAAGACGCUCAUUGCGGAUGCACUCAGUGAGAAGAACGUGAAGAUGCGCGCAAACAUUCUCGCGAGCGAUGUGUUUAAGAAUCAGGAACUCAUGCGCUACAUUCUCCUCCAGUACACGCCCAAGACGUUGCUGAGUGUUGUGCCACUCGAAGUGCUGAUGGAGCGCGUCCCUGUCGGCUACCAGCAAGCCAUCUGCGCCAUGUGGCUCGCGUCGGAGUACGUGUACACCAAGGGCAUGGACAGCAAUGAGUUUGACUUCUUCAAGUUCAUGAACACACACUUGGAGCUUGCCACGGCCUUGGCGAAGGAGCAGGGGCGCUAA